AUGGCCGCCAGACGCCAUGGGCGCCCUGUCUAUUGCACAUACGACGACUCGAACGGCGGACGGGUCAAGGCUCGCCAAGAGUGGCGCGACUGCCUCACCUGCGCCGCCUCGGCCUCGACUCGCUGGUUCCGUGUCUGUGCCGUCUGUGCCACCGCCUGCCACCCCGAUCACCAGCUCGGCCCCGUCCACGCCUCGCGCAUCGUCUGCGACUGCGCCACCCAUCCGGCCUGCAUCAUGCGCAUCGAGAAUGCAAAGUCUGGCGGUGCUGUUUGGAGUAUGGCCCCCCCUGCCGCCACCGCCGCCGGGCAAAUGUCGUCGUCGAUCCGGACGGAGAGUCAGUCCUCGGCUGCUCCCCCCCAUCCGUCGCUCUCUGCUGCCCGUACUGCUGGUCUUGCACGUGGGCAUUCGCCAGACGUAGUUGACCUCGUCAUUGCUGCUCUCGCCGCAGCUGGCUCGGGUGAGGUCGAGACCGAAGCAGUCCUUGCCCAGCUCGCCUCCCUUGCCGAUGCAUCCACGCCAAGUGCCGCUGGCGAGUGUGGCGCUGGCAGUGAUGACGACAACGAGUGCGUCAUCUGUAUGGAUGCCUCCCGCGAGCUUGCUGUUGUUCCUUGCGGCCAUCGGUGCCUCUGCCGCGGGUGCGGAGCGCCGGGGCUAUGUCCGGAUCUUUGA